AUGGACUUCCUAUUACUCAGCUCUUUGGGUCUGGCGAUGGACGCCACUGCUCAUACUAAGCAAUCUCGUCCUUUGAAAGACCUUCCGGUAUUCAAAACCUUGGACGAACCAAGUCCUCGAAAGAUUGAUCCUCGAUCAUGGAAACCGCGGUUGAGUGCCGAACGAAAAAGCCGCAUUGCAGAGCGAAAACAGCUAAAUCCGCCACCUUUGGCUGCAUAUUCAGCGGUCUCUGAACUGCCAUUUUACUCUAGGGCAGGUCCAUACAGGUCGCAUUUCAACGAAUUCGAAAUGCAGCUGGAGUUGCACGAAAGACAGCUUGAGAGAAUAAGGUCGAUCGGAUGGGAUUCUAUAAGGCCGAUUGGUAUAGAUUUCACUCUGAAAGAGCAACAAGAGCUUGCAGAACUUGAGACUAAGCAUGUUGAAGAAGAACAACAGACCCAUUCAGGAACGCAUCUUCAAGGACAGGUCAGAAUGGACCCUUUCAGUGAAAAUGCUGGGCCACCAACGCCUAGACUGCAACCUCCAGUAGCAAAUCUGCCACUCUCACCUCCUCCUCCAGAGAUGGAUAUCGAUUUGGAUCAAGACGUGCAGGAAGAUGAGACGUCUUACGACUACGGAGAUGAAUUUGCAAGGAUUGACGGAGAAGAAGACCAAGGCUCUGAAAAUGAACUUUCAGGUGUUGUACAUCUUAAUGCAGAGCGUCCAGAGCGUCCUGAAAGAACAGUGCAGCAGUUCAUUGAGACCUCGCAUAUCGAAAACCUAAACCACCCUUACGACGUUGAGACUACUUAUAAUGGAUAUGAUUUUGGCGAUUCAGAGUCCAACAAUGAAUUGCAGCAAAAUAUGCAGCACGCGCCCUCCUUGCUACCGCCGAUGCUUAAUCAAGGUAUCAAUAUGACCCCUUCAAUGUCGGGAGCAACGCCCCUUCGGAACCCGACCACCUCACUUCGACGCUCAGAGCGAAGAGUUACAUUCGACCCCAGUGACUGCGAAUAA